CACACACAUACACACACAUACACACACGUACACACACAUACACAUACAUACACUACCUAACCCUAGGUAGUACCUAAUAAUACACACAUUCUUUCUACCCGUACAGUUGUAAAAUCAGUUCAAAGCCCAUCUACAAAAUGCCUGCCAAACAAAAGCAGCCCGUGUACGUCUUAGGCGUGGGGAUGACCAAGUUCAUCAAGCCUCGUGGUAAGGUUGACUACACCGAGCUUGGCUUCGAAGCUGGUGUCAAGGCCAUGCUUGACGCAAAGAUCAACUACGAUGAUGUCGAGCAAGGUAUCGCAUGUUACUGCUACGGAGACUCCACGUGUGGCCAACGUGUCUUCUACCAGUUCGGCAUGACCCAGAUUCCCAUCAUGAAUGUAAACAAUAAUUGCUCGACCGGGUCCACCGGUCUGCACUCGGCCCGGAACACUAUCGCCUAUGGAGGGGCCGACUGCAUCCUCGUCGUCGGUUUUGAGAAGAUGAUGCGGGGCAGCCUCCAGACUUUCUUCAACGAUAGGGAGAACCCCGUUGGCACUUCGGCUAAGUUGAUGGGGGAAACUCGAGGCCAUACUAAAGCCCCGGCUGCUGCUCAGAUGUUUGGCAAUGCUGGGAAGGAAUAUAUGGAGAAAUACGGCGCCACGCUCGAGGAUUUUGCCGAGAUUGCCAGAAUCAACCACAAGCACUCCGUCCACAACCCUUAUUCACAGUUUCAGGACGUCUACACCCUGGAGCAGGUCAUGAAGUCGCCCAUGAUCCACGAGCCCCUCACCAAGCUGCAGUGCUGCCCCACCUCCGAUGGCGGAGCCGCCGCCGUUCUGGUAUCGCAGGACUUCCUCGACGCCAGGCCGCACCUUAAGGGCCAGGCCAUCCUCAUCGCAGGCCAGUGCAUGGCGACGGACUCACCAAACCUCUUCUCCCGCAGCGCCAUCGACCUCAUCGGGUACGAUAUGACCAAGCGCGCCGCAGAAGUCGCUCUGAAGGAAGCCCGGGUGUCGCCGGAUGACGUACAGGUGGUGGAGCUGCACGACUGCUUCUCAGCGAACGAGAUGGUGACGAUCGACGCCCUGGGCUUGUGCCCGCCAGGCAAGGCGCACGAGAUGGUGCGGCGCGGCGACAUCACCUACGGCGAUGAGAAGAAGGGGAGAGUGGUGGUUAACCCGUCAGGCGGCCUCAUCUCCAAGGGCCACCCCCUUGGCGCAACUGGCCUCGCGCAGUGCGCAGAGCUCGUCUGGCACCUCCGUGGCUGGGCCAACAACCGCGCCGCCCCCCACACCCGCUACGCGCUGCAGCAAAACCUCGGCCUCGGCGGCGCCGCCGUCGUCACCGUCUAUGCCCGCCCCAACCGCGGCGAAGAAGCUCCCAAAGUAGACUCAGCUACGGUUGCGAAGGAGAACGGGUUAGGAUACAAUCCCGCCGUAGAGGCGAAGGGGUUCACAGCUGAACAGUGCAAGAGCGUGUUGAGUCGUGAGAAGACGUCUGCGUGGGCGCUGCAGGAUACGGAGAAGAAGGUUGAGGCGAGGUUUUAGGGGGAUGGAGGCUUAGGGAGGUGGGUAGGCAGGUAGGCGAUAUACCCAUGAUAUACCCACCUAAGGUAUAUCGGCUACCUACCUACUCAAGAAGGUAUAAAUAUGCAUACCUCGGCUUCAUCUAAGUCCUAAAGGCAAUAGUUUGAGGCUGAGGUUGGGAUGGGCUUCUAUUAAUGAGAUUGCUAAGGAUGGUAAAAUGUGAAAAUGAUGGAAUCAAUAUUAUUCAUCUUUAACUCUAGGUAGCUACCUAACUAGGGUGGUAGUCAGCGUAAUCAGAGCUUGAUUUAGCUAUGGGCUUUUGCUUUUGCUUUGGGAUUAUAGAUUCAUUCAGAAUGUCGUGCUUAUCGUAACUGGUGGUGUCCAUCCCCCCCCCCCCCCUCUUUGGGUAGCCACAGUUCAUA